AUGAGGCACGACUAUAGCUACUCACAGGAUUCAGAGAGUGAUCACCACUACACAGAAGACAGUGUAGAAAGGGAGAUAGUCGGUCUCGUUAUGAUGGAUGAAUCUCAAAGUGCAUUUUACUCAGCUAGCAGGACUGACCCUGAGAUUGAGGUUGGCUUCCCAACCAAGUGUUACUGUGGAGGCCAGGCUCUGCUUCAGACAUCUUACACAAGGAAUGACCCGGGUAGAAAGUACUUCACUUGUGCAAAUUUAUCAGAUGGAGAAAUGCAUGUACACAAAUGGUGGGAUGUGGCAGUGAUGGAAGAAAUGAGAGAAAGAGCCAGAGAACACAAAGAGAAAGAGAGUAUAACUGAAGAGAAGCUUCUGAAUCUUCACCAGGUUGUGUUAGACUUGCAGACUAGGAGAGUAAACUUUAAAAUGGUCCUUGGUGUUAGUUUUAGUGUACUGUGUGUAUUCAUAUCAAUGGUUGUGAUAUGGUGCCAGCUCUGA